CGGAUCAAACGGAUUAUGCAGCAGGACGAGGAGGUAGGGAAGAUCUCCAAAGCUGCGCCUGUGCUGGUGUCCAAGUGUCUUGAGCUGCUCAUCGGCGACCUGGUGAACAAAGCAUCGCAAGUGACUAGGUCAAAGAAUGCGAGCACUGUCAACGUGAACCACCUGAGGGAAGCCGUUGCCAAAGAAAGCACGUUCGACUUCCUGCAAGAUGUA